AUGACGCCGGAGAUUCAGCGGUUGUUGGACAUGCGCGAUCCGGCGGCGGCGUAUCCGCUCGCGAGGUCGAUGCGGCGAGAGAUUACGCUGCACGUGGGGCCGACGAACAGUGGGAAGACGUACGCCGCGAUGCAGCGGUUGAAGCGGGCGGGGAGUGGGGUGUAUUGCGCGCCGUUGAGGUUGCUGGCGUGGGAGAUUUCAGAGAAUAUGAAUAGAGAGGGGGUGCCGUGCACGCUCGUCACGGGGCAGGAGCGGCGCGUGGCGCCGAACGCCUCGCACGAUAGUUGCACGGUGGAGAUGUCGGAUCUGUCCAAGGUCAUGGACUGCGCGGUGAUUGAUGAGAUACAACUGCUGAGUGACCCACUUCGAGGGUACGCGUACACGCGCGCGUUGCUGGGGUUGCCCGCGUUGGAGCUGCACCUGUGCGGCGAUCCUCGCGUGGUGCCGUUGGUGCGACGCAUCGUCAAGUCGACGGGGGAUUUAUUAGUGGUCAAAGAGUACGACAGAUUGUCGCCGUUAGAAGUCUCGCGCGAUAUCGUCAAGAGUGUGAAGGACGUGCGCAAGGGUGACGCGUUCGUAGCUUUCAGCCGAAGCGCGGUGUACGAUUUGAAGCGCGAGUUGGAACAGAAAUCGCCGCACCGAGCGUGCGUCAUUUAUGGAGGUUUGCCGCCGGAGACGCGCUCGAGGCAAGCUGAGCUGUUUAACAAGCCCGAUAGCGGCUACGACGUUCUCAUCGCGUCCGAUGCGAUCGGGAUGGGCUUGAAUUUGAACAUCAAGCGCGUGAUUUUUACGACAAUGUCCAAAUUCGACGGAAGCGAGAUGCGCAAACUGGCGGGGCCCGAGACGAGACAAAUCGCCGGUCGUGCGGGACGAUACGGUCUCAACUACGCGGACAUGGGGAUCGUGACGACGACGAAAAAGGCUGACUACGACUUGCUCGCGGCGGCCCUUGAAGGCGAGCUGGAGCCGUUGACUCAAGCCGGUCUCGCGCCGUCGCUCGAGCAAGUAGAAGAGUACUGCGAGCUUCGCCCGGAGGCGGGUCUCGUCGGCGCCUUGCAAGCGCUGAGCGACUCGGCCAAGUUGGCGCCGCACUUUCGCAUGCGAGAUAUGGAAGAAUCCAUCGCCGUGGCGAAAUUGUUGGAAAAGCUUCCGCUCACGCUGGCUGAUCAUUUCUUGUUUUCCAUCGCGCCAGUCGACAUUCGCGAUUCCAUGGUCGUGAACGCGAUGAUGAAGUUUGCGCGCGUGUUUUGCACGCACGGACGCGCAGGCGUGCGUCUGAUUUCGCUGCCUCCCGCGCGCACGCCCACGGCGCCGCAUGAGUUACAAAAGCUUGAAAGCGCGCACAAGUGCCUCGACUUGUACUUGUGGCUCGCCAGACGUCUGCCGAACGCAUUUCCAGAAGAGAACCUGGCC